CUAAUUGAAUCGGCAUGUUCUUUCUUCUUCUUCCUCGAGAAAAUCAGAACACGAAAAUAUCAGAGAAAAAAAAAAAAGAAAGAAAAGAAAAACCUCUAAAAUUCGGAAAAAUGGAACGAUCUGUCUUUCUUCUCACUUUUCUUCUAUCUCUAUGCACGAUUCCCUUCUCUUCCCGUGCUGAAAACCCUAAAAACACCCAGCCACCAACAGCGGCGCACGCGGAGCUCACGAAUUAUGGUUUUCCGAUCGGACUCCUUCCGUCCUCCGUCCGGAGCUAUACCUUGAACCAGACCUCCGGUGACUUCGCCGUCGAUAUUGGCGGUUCGUGCAAGAUCACGCUUCCGCCAGACAACUACCUGGCCACCUAUUCUAAGAAGAUCACCGGCAAGAUUGACCAAGGUCGUAUCGCGGAGCUCGACGGGAUUCGAGUCUGGGCCUUCUUCAAGUGGUGGUCUAUUUCGGGGAUAAGGUCCAGCGGCGAUGAUUUGGUUUUCGAAGUUGGGAUGGUGACUGCCAAGUAUCCGGCGAAUAAUUUCGACGAAAGUCCUCUGUGUGAAGGGAAGCACGCAGCAUCUUAAAGAGGGCUUCCAAUUUGAUGCGCGUGUUAAGAUAGAAUCUUAGAUGCGCGUGUUAAGAUAGAAUCUUAGAUGUCUACUUAUAUAGUGUCAUCUGGACUGUAAGACCGUAAUGCUACUUUUACCUUUUGCAUGUAUAUUUUUAUCCGGGAUUUCUAGCUAGCAUUAACACACUGUUUGUAUUUCAUUUGAAUUGUCACCAUCUAUCAACUAUCUAUAAUAAGGUAAUAUCCCAGUUCCUUGG